AAGUUCAAUUGCUCAGUGACUUUUAGUCACUUGAACAAUACUCUUAUGGUUAUCUUAAAUUUAAAGACAACCGAUGGAUUUUCAGUUUAGCUGGAUUGCCGAAUUUGCAGCAUUUGCAUGCAUGUUAGGAAUAUCUAUAAGCAUUGGUGUCUACUAUGGAUUUAUUGAACGUAAGCAAAACACUAUCACCGACUAUCUACUGGGUGGCAAGCAUAUGGCAGUUUUUCCAAUUACUAUGUCUUUGAUUGCCAGUCAUGUAUCUGGGAUCACUCUACUUGGAACCCCAUCUGAAAUUUACGUUUAUGGCACUCAAUAUUUGGUAGUGGCUGUGAUAAACAUUUUCAUUAUAAUUAUCGUAAUUUAUGUUUUUCUACCGGUAUUCUACGAUCUUCAACUGAAAUCUGUAUACGAAUAUUUUGAGUUACGAUUCAAUAGGGAUGUUCGUGCAGUUGCAUCUUUUAUGUACGCUAUUUCCCUGGUAUUGUAUAUACCUGUAGUAAUUUAUGUACCAGCAUUGGCUUUUAAUCAAGUUAGUAAACUAAACGUACACACAAUUACUCCAAUUUUAUGUCUUAUAUGUAUAUUCUAUACAACCGUUGGAGGUCUUAAAGCUGUUGUAUGGACUGACGCGAUACAAAGUAUUUUCACAUCACUCUCAGUAACAACAGUAAUUAUUUUAGGUAUCUAUCAAGUUGGUGGCAUAGGUAACGUCAUAAAUGCUAAUUCCGAAGGAAAUAGAUUGGAAAUGUUCAAUAUGGAUCCAAAUCCGUUUUUAAGAAACAGCUUUUGGACUGUUAGUAUUGGAGUAAUUUUCAGUUGGGUUUAUCACCUAGGAAUGCAUCCUGGAGCGGUUCAAAGAUUUGUAUCAUUACCAACAUAUAGUAAAGCUAGAAAAGCUCUGAUUGGUUUUGCUAUUGGUAUGGUAGUAGUCAAGUUACUUACUGGUUUAAUCGGUAUGCUGAUGUACACAAAAUUUAAAAAUUGUGAUCCUAUCAUGGCUGGCUACAUUGAAAGUGAUAAAAAUUUGCUACCAUAUUUUGUUUCCAACGUGGCAACAAAUUAUCCUGGGCUUACCGGCCUUUUUAUUUCUGGAAUCGUGAGUGCAGCUUUAAGUACAAUGUCAGCAGAACUUAAUACUGUGUCUGGAACAAUUUAUCAUGACUUUAUAGUAAAAAUUUUAGGUGUCAAAAUGAGUGAUUUGGCGGGUAGUAUUAUCAUGAAAGUUACUGUUGUGAUUGUAGGAAUUAUUUGUGUUACUUUAGUUUUGGUUGUCGAAAAACUUGGUAGCAUUCAACAAAUGUCUCAUGUUUUAGGCAGUAUUACACAUGGGUGCUUAUUGGCAGCUUUUAUUUUGGGAAUGUGCUUUCCUAAAGCAAACUCUAGAGGAGUAUUAUGUGGAAUGGUUGUCAGUUUUCUGGUUAUGUCGUGGAUAACAUACGGCACAGAAGAUGCAAUAGUAAAUGAUAAAUUAAAGUUUGUAACCAAAGAUUUAUCUGUGACCGGUUGUCCUGUUAACAUUACUCUACAUAAUAUUACAGACUAUUCAGGUUUAAUCCGAUUGAAUAACGAUGUGUAUGCAGCUCCAGAUGUCUGGAAGAUUUUUACAAUUUCUUACAUGCAUUUUAGCACGUUGGGGCCAUUGAUUGGUAUAGUUGUUGGUUUAAUCAUCAGUAUAAUAUUCCCUUCUGACCAACAAGUAGACCCAAAACUAUUAACUCCUUUUGUACGGAGAAUUGUGUAUCCAAAUCAUCAAAUUCAAAAGGAUAAAUUUAACGGAAUAAAGUCUGAUGAAUAUAUUUUAGUACCUCAAAAUAUCAAAUCUUAACGACUGUUUUCACAACUAGACUAGUUUUUUGUUUAUUUUAUACCGUUAAAAAAUGAAAAUAGAAUACUCCAACAAGAUGACCAAUUAGAUUCAAUUGUAGUCAUAAGUACCGAUUAUAAAAUUUAUAAAUUUAUUUUUUGUAUGUUUUUAUGUGUAUUAAUUGUACAAAUUAUAGAUGAUUAAGUAAAAAAAAACUUACUAUACUUUAUAGUACAAAAAACUUUUACCGUGUUAGCUGUACUUUUUAGUGUUUACAGAACAAAAGUUUUUAAAUUUUUUUUUUGUUGAUAUUCUUUUAGCAUUGAGCGUUCAUUAAAGUAUAAUAUUUCGCCCAACAAAAGGAAAAUUUCAACUAAACUUCCUGAAGCAUUAAAAAAAAAAACGGUAGCACAGUGAGGUCGCGGCA